AUGGAAGCAAUUCGUGCUGAUUUAGCUAAUGAUGCUUUGCUCAGCAUUGGUGAUACAUCAACUGAUAUUAAAUGGUAUCUAAAACGUCUAUCAAUUGCUACGAUAUAUCAAAGUGCUGAAAUUUAUAUGCUUCAAGAUCAAACAAUUGGCUCUGUUCGAUCUUUAAUGUCACAAUCUCUAUCAGAUACCGCACAAGUAGCCAAUGAAUUACUGACAGUCGUUCGUACUAUGACAAUUGGUCGACAAUGA